AUGGCCCCAAAGCGAUCUCGAGACGAUACCACCGUUGACGACUCAACACCUACAAAGAAGCAAUUGUUGGAGAACAAAUCAGCCCUCAACGCUAUCCGAUUACCGAGCGAAGCUCAUUCACCUGCUUCAGACAACGAAGACUUUCGAAUCAUUACCGGCACUUAUGAACGUAUCCUCUAUGGUAUCAACGCCUAUUGGGAGAAGGAGAAUGGAUCGACAAAGAUCAAAAUGCAACCUGUUUUCAUUGUUCCUGCACAUACGGGAUGUAUCAAGACCGUAGCCGUUGGUGGUCAAUUCCUAGCAUCAGGAAGCACAGACGAGAUCAUUCGCUUAUACGAUGUCAAGAAACGCAAGGAAUAUGGAUCAUUGGGUGGUCAGCAUUCAGGCGACCUCACAGAUAUUCAAUUCUUUGGACGCUAUAUGCUUACGGCCAGCGACGAUAAGACUAUUUGCAUUUGGAGGAAAAAGGAUUGGGAAUACCUCAAGACAUUGAAGGGACACAAGGGUCGUGUUAAUUCAUUGGCCAUUCAUCCAUCUGGCAAGAUUGCACUCUCAGUAUCAGCCGAUAGAACAGCCAUCGUAUGGAAUCUCAUGACCGCACGUAAAGCAAGCCAAAACAAACUUGGACAAGAGGGAUUGUGCGUACGAUGGAACAAGAGUGGAGACCAUUAUGCUAUUAUGUUUGACCGACAAAUCAAUAUUUACAACGUCACAGAUGCCGAAGUAGCAGUGUCAAUUUCACAACGUUCACGGUUUUUGUGCAUGCAAUACUACACAUCCAAGGCAGGCAAAGAAUACUUGAUUACUGGUAGCGAAGAUCGGAUCGCAAGGAUUUGGGAUGCAUCCACUGGCGAGUCUGUGGUGGAGUUGAAGGGACAUAAGCUACGUGUCAAGACACUCGCCGUGAUCGAAUCAAAACCAGGAGAAUCCGACGAAGAAGUUGGUGUCCUUGUUACCGUAUCAUCCGAUGGUAUGAUCAAAUGUUGGGAUAUUGAAGCAGCCUUGGCCGGUGAUGAGAAUCCACUUUUUGGCGAAUACGAUACCAAGAGUCGAGUAACAUGUUGCACUGCCCAUCUUGGAUUCAAGACCGUUGCAUCAUCAUCAUCAACAGCCACCAAGAAUAGUAAUAAUAAUGUAACAAUAGCCGAGGAAAAGGAGGAGGAUGAGGAAGAAUAA